AUGGUCAAGGUAUUCAUAUCCAAUGUUGACACACCCCUUGGCCACAACCUCUCGCGACUGCUGGCCAACACUGUUAUUGGGUCGCGUCGAGAAGACGAGAACGAAGAGGAGGAGGAGGAUGCACAGACCACUGCUGUUGCUGCAGGCAAAAACCCUGCUUCUGAAAAUCUAGAUGCUUCACUUGAAGGCUUUGACAAAACUAAACCAGACGAUAAGCUGGUCAAAGAAACCUACUUGAUUGUUGGUACAAUGCAAAGAAAACCAGAUCUGUCUGAAGUGUUAAACAACCCACAACUUGCACUCUCUGCCCUAUCUUGUCCUGGUAAGAUGAUUGAAAGUGGGGAUAAAAAAAAGGAUGCAGCUCGACGUGAAGCAAUUGAGAAAAUGUCCAUGCUGGGGCAAAAGCCUAAAUGGGUCAAGGAUAUAGUGAAUAAUACCGCUCGCGACCAACUCUUACAGACUUUGCUUGCGUCUGAUGUUAUCAUCUAUGACAUGACUAGCAAUCUUGAUGAAACUGCAUGGGCAAUUGAAGCUCUAUCUGAAAAGGCAGAUACGUUUGAUAAGCCAAAGACAUUUAUAGCAGUAUCAUCCAUAAUGACAUGGGCUCGUACAAAGGUUGAAUCAGAUGAUGGCGACGGUUCAAUUGCUGAAGAUGAAUUUCGUCGUCGCAAGGCACAUCCAAACUGGAAAAACCAUCUUGCACUUGAAAAAAAUAUCAUCAAAUACGGGAAAAAGACAAAUCUCAAAACCUAUGUUGUUGCUGCCGGUUUAAUUUAUCAUGCUGGAGACAGUAUAUUUCACUCGCUGUUCAAGGCUGCGUGGCACAAUGAGCCUGAACUCCACUGUUACGGCGACGGUUCCAAUCAUAUCCCAACAGUCCAUCUUGAUGAUUUAAUUAGUAUCAUUGUCGAACUCAUCGAGACCGCUCCGGAAAACAAAUACCUUGUCGCAGUGGAUGAAAGCAAAAACACUCUGUAUGAAAUUAUUAAAGCCAUUAGUGAAUUUCUUGGCACUGGAGCAGUCAAAAAGCUUGCCAAGGAGGAUGCAUUUCUUGACAAAUCGCUUUCUCAGGCUGAUUAUGAUAUGCUUACUGUGGAUUUAAAACUAGAUCCUAGUCAUACAAAAGAAAUGUCAGUUGAAUGGAAAUAUGAGAGUGGAUUUGUUGAAGCUAUUUCCAUGAUAGUUCAAGAAUUUAAGGAUGCUCGUGGAAUGUGGCCGCUCAAAGCUGUUAUUCAUGGUCCGCCAGCAUCAGGUAAAACCACACUAACACAAAAGAUAGCCAAUCAUUACAAAAUUCAUUCCGUCGAAGUGGAUCAAGUAGUUCAAGAAGCCAUGAAUAGACUUGAACGACGCGUUGCUGGCGAGUUGAAUGAAGAGGAUCAGGAGGAUGAUAUUGAUGCAGGAAAAGAAUUACUGAAUGAAAUCAAAGAGGCCACAAAAAACAAUAAUGGAAAAUGCCCAACAAGUCAUGUCAUCAAUUUUGUCAAAGAAUACCUUCGCUCAAUGAAGUGCCGAAAUCAAGGGUAUAUUUUAGAUGGAUUCCCCACUACUACUGAGGAAGCCAAAAUACUUUUUGAAGCGAGUGAUGAGGAUUCCAAAGAUGACAAGACAUUACUGACAGAUGACCCAGUUUUCCCAGAGUUUGUGUUUUCUCUUGAAGCGUCUGAUGCAUUUUUAAAGCAGCGUAUUAUGAAAUUACCGGAAGCAUCUAUUUCUGGUACAAGAAACUCGGAAGAAGCAUUGACAAAACGGCUUGAAGAGUACCGUAAAGUCAAUACAGACGAAACUACAGUAUUGAAUUACUUUGACGAGCAGGAAGUUCAUCCCACCAUAAUUGAUGUUGAAAAAAUGGAACUGAACGAGACAAUAGAGAUGAUCACUAAAGUCAUGGGUGGAGCUCGCAACUAUGGGCCAAGUGUGGAAGAAAUUAGCGCAGAAAGAUUUCAAAUGGAGGCCGCCAAGGCCAAGUCGGAAGCACUUGCUGCCGAGGAACGUUCUGCUCGCGAAAAGGAAGAGUCAGAGAGGCAUGCAAAAGCCAAGCUGGAAUGGAAUAUGAGACUUGAAGAAGUCCGUAAACAGGAAAAAGAGGUUCUUGAAGCACAGUCCUUGCCGCUUCGCAACUACCUUAUGAAGUACAUUAUGCCCACUCUCACGGCUGGUUUGAUCGAGAUUGCAAAAAUCCGUCCAGACGAUCCCGUUGACAGUCUUGCCGAGUUUUUGUUCAAGCACAAUCCUGGAAAUACAGUUUAA